CGCGUUUCAGGCGGAGUUCAGAUCUUAAAACAUUUGGCCAACUUCUUCACCUCUCCACUUCUUCGUUCACAUAUUUGGACUGAGAUACCUUCCCCCCCUCGGAGGAGUAGCAGCUCAUGGAAUAUCUAAAGUGUGUGGCAGGUUUACGUUUGUGAUACUUUUCUGGGCUCAUUACAUUUAGUGGGAGCGCUCCUAGGACUGGAAGAGUUUUCUGGUUUCUCACAAUUAGUUUUUUUUUUUUUUUCCCUCGUCGAAUUUUUUGGGGGACACAUGCGAUGUCACGGACUAUUAAAAGGAGAAAGAAAUGCUUAGUUGUGUGGUUACCGUACCAAGGUGUUUUUUGAGUUAAUUUUUUUUUAAAGGAACCAGUUGAGCGACUGGCGACAGGACUCUAUAAUCAAUGUGGUGUCAGCUGGAAGGACGCGGGGUCCGGAUCUCACCUAAACGCUGAUACGUCUUGGGAGUGAUGCACUGGCUUCCCCUGGUUGCCAUGGUGAUUGCCUCGGCCCUGCCCUUCCCUCACAACCCUGUGUCCACGAUUGCUGCCGCGACAACAGAGCCUGGCUUUGACAACCGCCAUGACCCGGCUGCUCGCCUUGCAGCUCCCCCCGUGGACUACAACUACCAUGGAAAUGCCUCACAAACGGACUACAACGUGGCUGCUGCUCUUAGCCAACACACUAACGGACAAAACCUCCGGAAGCGUAAGGAUUAUAUGAAAUCCUCUGAAAAUGAAGACACUUCCACGUUCAACGUGGAGAAUCAAUCAAAUAGCAACUCAGGCAGCGAUGACAAAAGCAGUGUCAGUUUGGAUGUUCCCGCAGGAGGAACGCUCAGGACCGAGGAUAUUUCCGAGGAUAAUUCUCUACCAAAGGACUACAAAGCUGACAGCAGCAGCAAGCAAGAUUACUCCAGUUUUGUGGACUUUUCCAAGAAGGACAGUCUUCAGGACUCUGCAGGAAGACUGUUGCUGGUUCCUACAGUGGAAACCCAUAAUGUUGUCAGUCCUGCUGCUAAUCUGAAGGGUCAAAGAGGACCAGAACCAACUGUUCCCUCGGACAAGCUCGGAAAUUCACCUACAAUUGGGACAGGAAGCCAGUGGACACCAGGGGGUGGAAGAGGUCUGGCUGAGGAGAACUUGAGCCUGGAGGCAGGGCUGGGUCUGGGGACUGGGCUGGACAAUAUUUUAGAAGGAGACGAAAUGUUUUUGGACGCACACCCACGAGUCCUGUUCUCACCCUCCCCGUCGCCUCCAGAACACCCCCCUCUCCUGCUCAUGUUGGAGACUGGCCUGCUGGAGGAGGACGGGAACAGAGAGGAGCAGGAGGACAUGGACGGACACAUAGAGGGUCAUGGGGACCGGGCAAUCGACAAGAGCACAACUCUGAAUUGGGCAGACUCGCCCAGAAUUACAGCGGAUGUUGCCCGUGCUGUUAAAAGGGAUAAACGCUCUCACCUGAUUGACAGAAGGAGAGGGGAAAAGUCGGUGUGUGACUCGGAAAGUGUUUGGGUUAUUGACAAGACAACCGCCAUUGACUCCCACGGUCAGACGGUCACCAUCUUACAGAAUAUCCAGACCCAGACAGGACCACUCAAACAGUACUUCUACGAGACUCGCUGCCGCCAAGCCGAGGAGCAGACCAACACUAGCAGGUCAAAGGGCCCUGGCGCGGCAGCGAAAUCUCCCGUGACUGGCGUUGCUGGGGCCGGGUGCUUGGGCGUGGAUAAAAGACAGUGGGUGAGCGAGUGCAAAGCCAAGCAAUCGUACGUCCGAGCGCUCACCAAAGACGCAAACAACAGAACCGGAUGGAGGUGGAUCCGAAUCGACUCGUCCUGCGUCUGUGUGCUGCUGUCCAGAGCAAAUCAGGCUGUCGGGAGGGAGGUCUUGACGAGGAAGGGGAGAGGCUGAGAGAGGAGGGGGGAGACAGAGAGAGAGUGAAAAAGAGAGAUGGCAAGAAGUAGAAAGUGACACAGAGCAGAGCAGCUGUGACAUCCUUCUGUGUGCACUUUCUCUUGCUGGUGGCGUUUCCUUCGACAUGAUGGAUUUGGUUAUUUCUGCCUUAGUCCAGUUUUUCAGAUAUCUCUCUCCUUUCCAUCCCUCCCUCCACCACUUCAAAUGACUUUUGAAAAAAACAACAAGACCUCAAUACUAGAUCUUAGGGAAUAUUGUCAUAUAUAGAGAUUUUACUUCAAAAAGUACUGUUUUUGUAUGAUUUAUCUUUUCAUAAUCUAAGUUAUUUUUGAUUAGUAUGUAAGCAUGUGUAUGUCUUUGAUAUUAAUAUAUUCCUUUAUAUAUGUGUACAAUAUGACACCAGUAUACCUUUAUGUAUGAAGCUAUGUAUAUCUGUGUGUAUUUAUAGAAGAAGUCCUCAUGGAGUGGUAGGUCUCUCCAGUGUCUGAUGAUAAUUCCAGCCUCUGGUCCGCUCAGGUUGUGAGAGGAAGGAGCGCCACCUACUGAGGCUCAAUUUUACUGCUCCACAAUGUUCCCGUAUGGAUUACCAUUAAUAUUGUAACAGUGCUUUCAGCAACUGAGUCUGACAGAGGGGGGGAAACGUAUUGGAUACGGAAAUUACAGCAUGGGCACACUUAAGCAUGAUUUCACUUAGGCUGAUGAUUUUGACAGUUUUGUGGCAGGAUACAUCUCCUCCGUGGAACUUGUUAAAUGUGGUUCAUGAAUGUAAAACCAUGUGGUUUGUAAAUUAUAUGACACCUAAACAAGCAAAUUUUACCAUCUGCUGGUUUGUUCAGUUUGCCUGCGAAAUGUGGUAAUAAAGGAUCUUUGU